UGGUAGAGUGGAAAGAUGCCUUUAUUUCAUUGCACAAGGAAAGGAAGAGUUGGGGCUGCUGCUGCCAAGGCUGCUCAGUGAGAGUGAGGGAGAAGAUUACUUUUAAGGGAUUUACAAGUAGGAAGUUCAUACAAGUUAUAUCAGCAACAUUCUUAAUCAUACUACACAGGCAUGAUGGGGUUUACAUACGACUUCAUGGAUCACAUGUUCAGAAAAUGGCAGUUAAACUCUACCCAGAGGCGGGGAAGUUACUACACCAAAAACCAGACCAGACCCACUGCCAUCAUUCCGACUCAUAGCAGCCCUACAGACUAGGUAUGAUGUAUUUAAUGGGCUAAAAGGUUAUCCUGAAUGUCAACAUGGCACCUAAACCAGUUCCUGCCAAUUUCCUCUAGUUUUGGGCAGCAGUUAAGGAGAGGUGAACCAGGAUUUUCAUGUAAAGCUAUAGGGUGUGCCAAGCAAAGAAACCAGGAUUUUAAUGUAUAGCUAUGGGGCAUGCCAAGCAAGCUGCUUGAGGCAGUGGAAUUUUCUGAAGCCUGGGGACCUCUGUCUUAUAUGGAUAUUCUACAAUUUGUUUAUCCAUUCAUCUGUUAACAGACACCUGUGUAUUGCAAGAUUUGUACCCCCAAAUUUACUAUCUGAAUAAACAAACACCCACUAUAAGAUCUUGGCAUGUCUGUGCCAGUGAACAAAAUUAGGUUUCAUGCAAGUUGGGCAACAAGGUUUGGUGUGCGAUGCUGGGAAGCUCCAGCCAUUUUCCGUUGGGCACGUCUCAGGUUUGCAUUCCUCAAAUGUCCUUGGCACUAUCACUGUCACCACGCCAACCACAGGGGUCUGAGGGAAGCUGGCCAGCCUGAGAGGUCUGGAAAAUCCCGGACUGGAAGAAAAGCUGGAAGGGACAGUAGACCUCAGGAGAGGGAGUAAACGGGAAAAGUAGUUGGUAUCUGAUCUCAUACAGGCUGCUUCCAUUCAGCUCACAAACAACUUACUCAUUAGUUUAAGUGUUGAGUAACUAUGUAAACGGUGUUUACAAUGCUCUAUGUUAGGCAAGAAAACCAUGGUGGGCUGUUAGGUGUUCAGAGUAUUUUAGUAGUAUUUGGGGAGGUUAAUUGGGGUUUUUGGCCAAGGAAUGCCAUGGAUGGACAGCAGGUACCAGAAACUAGGAGAGAGGCCCACAGACAGAAUCCACAUGGCCAAGACUCUGAUUUGGACUUUUAGCCUCCAGAGCUGUGAAAAAAUAAAUUUCUGUUCUUUAAGGCCACCCAUCCACUUGUGGUAUUUCUGUUAGAGCAGCCCUAAGUAGCUAAGACAGAAUGUGCCUGGAAUGCCCCUCCCUGUUUGAAAUCAUGGGUAACAUGCUCUUCUCUGAAAAUUGUUAUCCUGUCUGUUGUCAGGGUGGAUUGUAUUCAGACACAAGGGAUGUCUGUAAUUGUUUACUGAGCUCCCACUAUGUGCUGGGCCCCACAGUAAGCAUUUCAUACACACCCCUCAUUGCUUCCUCACAGCAACCCUACAAUAUGGAUAUUAGUGUCUUUCCUGUUUUACCGAGGCUGAGGGAGCCAGGUCUUCAGAAAAGGCACCCAGCAGGGCCAGGGCUGGGGAGCAGGGUGGGUGCUGAUUUUAAGUGGCAGAGUCAAGACCAUGAACAGCAGGCAUUGUCUGGGUGAGCUGGAGGGGGAGGCGGGACCGGGAGGGAGGAGGGCCUAGGGCUGGCCAUGGGGAAAGCUGUGCAAGGCUGGAUCAGAGUACACAGGAACCAACUGGAGAGACGGCCAGGGCCAGAGCCGUGGCCGCCUGGCAGCAAGAGAACCUAGCCUGGCAACUGAGGCAGGAUUUUGGCUCCAGGGCACUGAUCAUCAGGGCCGGGCCUUCCUGGACCAGGGUCCUGCCAUCUAGUUGGAUCCUUUCUCUAGUGCCUUCGGUUUGGGUGGGGGGUCUAAGACCCCAGUCUGACUUGUGGGUGGGUUAAAGGGUCACUAGUCUGACCUCCGAAUCCUGCUGUGAUGAGUAAGCAGGAGAGGGAGACGGAUGAGGAUGAGGGAGGGUAUGCCUCUGACACGGCACCCAUGCUUCCCCAGAGGCCCCCUGACCACCCAGGCUCAGCCUUGACGUCCCCAGGGUGGGUGCGCCUGGCCACCCGGGGCCUGGCGACCCUACUGCUGCCUGGCUGGGCCCUGGCUGGUCUCCUGCUCCACCUGCUGCUGCCCGCGAUGGUGUUUCUGCUGGUGCUGCUGCCCGCAGCCGCCGUUGUCUACCUGGGCUUCCUGUGCCACACCAGGGUCCACCCGGCGCCCCGACCCCCGUGCCGUGCGGUGCUCUCGGACGGCGGCUCCGCGACGCUCAUCGUGUUCGGCUUCCUGUCAUUGCCGCCGCUGCUCGUGCUCGCCUCGGCCGCCCGUGCCCGCCUGGCCCGGCGCCUCCGCCCGCUGCUGCUGCCUCCCUCUUGGGCCUCCAGUCCCCGUCGCCACCCGGGGUCCAGCGGCCGGGAGCUAUCUGGCCGCGGCCUGGACGGGGAGGAUCAGUUUUGCUCCUGGGUGUGACCCCAGAGGUCUCUCCAGAGGACCCUGAGACCUCCAAAUUCCAGAGGCCCCCGAGCUGCCCCAUGCCCCCCAUAAAGUGACCUCAGGCUGGUGAACCCGGGUUCCGCACCCAGGUCUCCGCUGGGGGAAUCGCCCCACGCUCAGUGCCCUGAGCCGCCACAAGAUGGCACCGUAUUCCUCCGGACCUUCUCCCUACACACGGCCCACUGGGCAGCGCUGAUCCCCCCCUCCCUGUUGCAUAGAGGCCAGGAAGGCCCCAGGGAGGAGGGAGAUGACCCUGGAAGAAGGAGAUGGCCACGCUCAGGGAAAGGCAGCCCUUCUGCCUUCUGCCCCUGCAGCUGCUCUGGGCCCAAGCUCACUCACAAGGAGCAGUCCUUGCUACCCCAUGUCUCGUCACUGAUUAGGUCUCCAUCGGUAUUUCCAGCAAGUUCCAGAGGUGGUGAGUCUUGCUUGGGAGACAUCCACACUCGGUCAAAAACCAGAAUGGUUCCAGAAACCCAGCCAGUGGCCAACAGCAGGGCUCAUCCUGUGACUGUGGUCAGGGGAACCUGCUCUCAGAUGGUGGCUUUGUGACUUGUGGGUUCAGGCUUCAGCCUGUGCCCGAGAUCAGGGCUCAGCCUGUGAUCAGAGUUAUGUAUUUAGACAGGUGUCAGAGUAAGGGCUCAGUCUGUUUUCUCUGGCUAACUUAAACGUCGUCUAUUUUCCUUUGGUGUUGUUGUUUUACCAGCGUAUGUCUAAGUAUGCAUGUGUUCUUAUUUCUGUUUGGUAUACACUGUGUUUCCUAUUUUUAUGGAUUCAUAUUUUUCAUCAGUUUUGGGAAAUUCUCUACUAUUGUCCCUUCAGUAUUGCCUCUUUUUCAUUCUACCUGGUUUUACUCGCUAACACCUAUUAAAUGUAUGUCUCACCUUUCUCUUUACUCCCAUGUCAGUUAAUCUCUCUAUCCUAUUUUCGAUCUCCUUGUCUCUCUGUGAUGCAUUCUGGAUGAUGUCUUUAUCUUCCUCUUCAAGUUGAUUUAUUCUUUCCUUCAUCUUGUCUAGUCUGCUGAUUGAAUCAUCCGCUUUAAUUAUUAUCAUACUUUGUUAUUUUCCCAAAUGUAUCUGAUUAUUUUUGAUGGUCUUUUAGUGCAUACACAAUUUUUGAAUUUCAUCUUUGAUUUCUUAAAUGUUUCAUAUGUAGUUAUUUUAUACUCUGUAUCUAACUAUUCCAAUUUCCUAGUCUUCGGGUGGUCUAAAUCUGUUAUUUGUUGUCUUUUCUGUUUCUCGCUGAUGAUGGUGUACUGUUUAUUGGAAUGUUUGGUAAAUUUUUCAUUCUUAGCCCAUACCUGUGAUAAUUACCUUAGGGAUUUUCUCUCCAGAGAGCAUUCAUUUUUCUGGACAUGACCAACCUGGGCUCCCUUUAGGAUCCUUGUGGGCUGUGGUUUCCUAGCCCCCUAGAAGCAUUCAAGGCUUGCUUCCUUGAUUGCAGUGUGGCUCUGUUUCCAGGGCAUCCUCUGCAUUCUUAUUUGCUUGAUUUCACCAUCUUGGGUUUUUGCUCACUAUUGUAUCUUUGUAUUUUUAAUGUUUAAAUUUGGGGUGGGGGCUUUGAGAUAUUUCCUUUACUUUCCUGUAAGCCCAGCAGUGUAUUAAAAAAGUGUGUUCAUUGUAAGUCAUCCAGAAUCUGUUUGUAGCUGAAAGAUCUUUUAGAAGAUCUAGUUCAUUUUUUAAGAUAAUCCAAAAACGUUAGUAGCAGUCCAUCGACAGCUAACUGCCGGAAAUUCAAGCUGAAUUCAGAAGAGGACAUGGAAUGAGGGAUACCAUGGCUGAUGUCAAAUGGAUCUUGUCAGAGGAUACAAGAAAGAUGUUUACCUGUGUUUUAAUGACUAUGCAAAGACAUUCAACUGUGUGGAUCAUAACAAUUAUGGAUAACAUUGUGGCCAAUGGGAACUCCAGAAUACUUAAUUGUGCUCAUGUGGAACCUGUACAUAGGCCAAGAGGCACUCAUUUGAACAGAACAAGGGGAUACUGCAUGGUUUCAUAUCAGGAAAGGUGUGUGUCAGGGAUGUAUCCUUUCGUCAUAUUUAUUCAAUCUGGUCACAGAGCAAAUAAUCUGAGGAGGUGGACUAUAUGAAGAACUCGGCAUCAGGAUUGGAGGAAGACUCAUUAACAACCUGCUUUAUACACAUGACACAACCCUCCUUGCUGAAAGUGAAGAGGACUGGAAGUACUUAUUGAUGAAGAUCAAAGACCACAGCCUUGAGUAUGGAUUACACCUGAAUGUAAAGAAAACAAAAGUCCUCACAAAUGGACCAAUAAGCAACAUCAUGAUAAACAGAGAAAACAUUGAAGUUGUCAAGGAUUUCAUUUUACUUGGAUCCAUGUACGAUCAACAUCCAUGAAGCAGCAGUCAAGAAAUCAAAUUACGUAUUGCAUUGGGCAAAUCUGCUGCAAAAGACUUCUUUAAAGUGUUUAAAAGCAAAGAUGUCACCUUGAGAAAUAAGAUGUGCCUGACCCAAGCUAUGGUAUUUUCAGUCGCCUCAUAUGCAUGCAAAAAUUGGACAAUAAAUAAGGAACAACAAAGCAUCGAUAACUUUGAAUUGUGGUGCUGGUCAAAAAUAUUGAAUAUACCAUGGACUGCCAGAAGAAUAAACAAAUCUGUCUUAGAAGUACAAACAGAAUGCUCCUUAGAAGCAAGGAUAGUGAGACUUCGUCUUGCUUACUUUGGACAUAUUAUCAGGAGAGACCAAUCCCUGGAGAAGGACAUGAUACUUGGUGAGGUAGAGGGUCAGUGAAAAAGAGGAAGACUGUCAAUGAGAUACAUUGACACAGUGGCUGCAACAAUGGGGUGAAACAUAGCAACAACUGUGAGGAUGGUGAGGGACUGGGCAGUGUUUUGUUCUGUUGUGCAUGGGGUCACUAUGAGUUGGAACUGACUAGACAGCACGUAACAACAACAAAGUCCGCCAUAUUGCCAGCAGUGCUCACCUUAUGAGUAACAGGGUCAGGGCUUAGCCUGUGACCAGGGAUCAGGGCUUAGAUGUGAUCAUGGUCAGAGCUCAAUCUGGGACCAAGAUCAGGGUUCAGGGUAUGACCAGGAUCAGGACUUAGUCUGGGGCCAGGGUCAGGGUUCAAUCUGGGGCCAGGAUCAAGGCUCAGGGUUCAGUUUGGAGCCAGGAUCAGAGUUUAGGGUAUGACCAGGAUCAGGGCUCAGUCUGCGGCCAGGGUCAGGGCUCUGUCUAUGACCUGGAGCUGAGUCCUGUAUGUGUCUGGGUCAAAUCCAGCAGGAGUUCUUGGGGUUUUCCAACUGUUGUCUGUUGUCUAUGCCCAGCUUCGAUGCCUUUCCCAGCCAGACAGGAGUCGGGCCUGUUGCCAAGCCACCAAGGGUAGCUUUCCCUGGGCUGCCUUCCUCCCUUCCAGCUCAGGGUUGGACAGGCUCUGGGAAACGCCAGGCUUCAAGGAUGAAGGCUCUCCUGGGAACCCCUUGGCUGAGGAUUGUCCUGGCCUUGCAGUCAUCAAAACAACAGCUGGGCCCGGCGGGGGUGGGGAGGUCGCAGUGGGGAGCCCUGACUGCCUACAUGAGAGUCUGGAUGGAGGCAGAUGGAGGCAGGCGCCUGAGGCUGAGCUAGUUCCCUAAAGGUGUUCCCCAACUUCCCAGGCCACCCUGAGGCCAAACAGUGGCCAGCUGGCCCAAGGAUGUUGAACGCCUUGGCGGCAGCGGCAUAAUUGAACGUUAGCCCAGCCCUGCCUGCUCAGGGGUUGAGGGCGGUUUGCAGGAGAGGCCUUGGGGUCUGCUUUUGGUGGGAGGAAAAAGCAGCCCUGAACAUGAAGGCUAAGGCUGGGAGGGAUGCAGAACGGGGUGGGGCAGGCAAGGCCUCCUGGGGCAGGGGUUGACCCCGGGGAGAGAGGGUGGAAACAUGCCCUGGGGGCUGGGGCAGGAGGAGGGGGCUCGCCACUGUUGCCUUUGGCUCUCCUGCACUGCCGUCUCUCAGGGUCUCUCUUUCAGGAGUCCUGGGGGGGUCUUCCUAUUCACCACCAGCUGGGCAGGGUCCUGGGGAGAGAGGAAGAUAAAAGGCUAAGGGGUAUUUGGGAGCCCCUGGUCACAAGUUUUCCUCCUCCCCAAGGCCUUGGGCAGUCACUUGGUCUCUGCUCAGCCCUUCCAACAUUCCCCCACAGGAUGCCUCCACUCCCCACCCUGAGGCCAGCACAGAGCCCAUGACAGAAGCCCCCUCCCUUAGGGCUCUGCCCAGGUACCAGCCCCCAUUCUCAUGGCACCUCUGCUCCUCACCCCCAGAGCCUCCACCCCCAGUCCAGAGUGGUCCACUGGCCUCCCAGCCCCCACUGGGCUCACCCAGCCCCACCCUGAAGGUCUCCUGCCUUUGUCCUCCAAAGGCCAAGGGGCCAAACCUGCUGGGCAGCCAGGCGGCCAGGCAAAUAUCUCCAUGGGCCUAGCCUCUGCCCUGUAAGGAUAUGCCUGGCCAUGCCAGGGCCUCCACAGGAGUGGGGCAGGCCAGCUCCAAUUCUAUAACCCUCAGUGUGGCCUUUGCUUCCCCAGUGGCCAGCGAGGGAGGUGUGGUCCGAACUUUACAGGUGAGGAAAGGCUCGGUGCCUCCCCAGUUGUUGCUCAAGGUCAGUUAUUCAUUCAGAAAAUAUUUCCUGGGAGUGCAGGAAUCUGCAGCCUGCACCCCCCCCUCCACACCCCAGGAAAGAUCCCUCUCCACGUCUUCCUCUUGAGCACACUUGUAUCUCCUUCCUUCAGGCACCCCCCAUCACCCCACCUGGCCCUGCCAGCCUGAACCCCAGGGUAGGCCUGCCCCCACCCAGGAAUGUGGGUCCACCUGGGUGCCGGGCAGGAACCAUUGCUCCGGUGGAUGGGCUAACUCUGGGCGUGAAGGCCCCUAUUCAUUCCUGGUGUCUCCCUCUACCUUUGGGGAGGCCACUCUGCCAGAGUGUGACAUAGGCCUGUCUUCACCCUGCUGGCACUUCUGGACUCAAACCUCCUUCCUUCCCCAUCUGAGCUCCAGAGAGCUGGAAGACCUGCCAGGAGGAAGGGCCUUAGAAGGUCUAAGCCUUGGCCUGGGGUGGGGCCGGGGCCAGGCAUCCUCUCACAGCAGAGGGAAC